AUGGAUUACACGGACUAUCAGCCAGUUCGACGUCAAAUCCACAAACCUCCUAAAUGCGGACCCGAGCCGUUAAAUACCCCACAGAGCUAUCAAUGCCCACCUCCACCCCCGCACGGACGGGGUAUAGGAAACAAUCCCGAGGAUAAUAGCCCAGCUGUGGAUCUACGAAAACCCACCUGGGAAAAAUUCAGCCUCUAUAAACGUCUACGAACUGGUGCACUCCGAGGACCGCGAGGAGCUGCAGAGGCAGCUGCUCUGGAACUCCUUCCUGCCGCAGGACUCCAGCGGCCUCCAGCUCCAGGACUGCCUCCACCCGGAGCGGGCCCACCUCCUCGAGAGGUCUUUCACCGUCCGCUUCAGGUGCCUCCUCGACAACACCUCGGGCUUCCUGAAAUUGAAGUUUCAUUCCCUCAGCCUAACUCCUCCCCCAGUCGGUUCCUCCACUUCUGUCUGUCCGUCACUUCCUCUUCCGCCACCCUUCGGCCAACCAUACUCUCAGCCACAUCUCUCCAUCUGACACAAGGCCUUUCUCUCCUUCUCCUACCCUCAGCCUACCUCUCAAAUGCCCAUACCACUACCCAAGCCGACCUUCUCCAAAAAUCCAUAUCCAGAAAUCUUUUGA